AUGAGCAGGAGGAAAUUGGCUGUCCAGCUGUUUGUUCUAGCUAUAGCGAUUUAUAUUGGAUGUAACCAUGACGUUAUAACGUCAUCCACAUUAAUAAAAUCCUUUGUCACCUACUGUUCUCAGAAGUUUUCUCAUUCUUCUCUAUAUUCGAUCAAAAUACCAAAUAGGAGGUCUGAAGAGAAACUUGCGAAGAAAAAGAAAGAGAUCGAAACACAUCUCGUGGAAAAGUCUCCUAUGGUGCUCAAUGAAGUAUGUAGUCCUAAUUCAGAUAUAUGUUACAUGAUUAUUGAUGAAGCAAUGCGUUACAAAGAUGAACUCAUAGUUAAGAGGAGAAUAGCACUCAAAAAAAUGCCUAAUUAUGCGCUGACAAUAGUUGAUUUGAAUGUCCCUGCAGAUUUAACUUGGAGUAAUCUGAACACUCGAAAUUGGCCGGUAAAUAAACUUGUUAUAACCACUCGUUAUAUCAAGCUUUUAAUUGCUGCCAGUUUUUUCACUGAGGCUCUUACAUUCGAACCUACGGAGCAACAGAAGGUUCUAAUGAUUGGCUUAGGAGGAGGUGUAGCUAGUAAUUUCCUAUCAAUGCUAGAUUGGUUAAUGAUUCACACAACUGUCGUAGAAAUCGACCCAUUCAUUUACAAUAUAGCUCGUCAAUUCUUCGAUCAUACGGAUGAUGACAGGACGAACGUCAUAAUCGACGAUGGAAUACAAUUCUUGAAGACAGCCGUUGAGAAUGAAGAAACAUACAAUGCUCUCAUGAUUGAUGCUUGCCAUACGGAGGACGAGGAUAUCUUAUGUCCUAUUGAAGAAUUCUACAUGAAGAACGACGUUAUCAAAAAUGUUGCUGAUGUACUGGAUGAAAAUGGAGUUAUGACAAUGAAUAUUCUAUGUGCGAAGGAUUCAGCUGAGAACGAAGACAAAAUUCUCAAAGCAUAUGAGCCAUUUUUCCCAUCUUGUUUUCUCUUCAAAUAUUUAAGUCAGAGAAGGAUGCUCAUAUGUAGUAAGAAACAUAACUGGACAUGGACCAGUCGGAAGAGUCGGUUCUUAAAAAAUAUACAACAGGUUGAUGAUGUAUUUGAGUUCAAACUCUAUGAUUUGUUAAAAAAUAUUUGA